AUGCCUCAAAUAAAUCCUGUACAAGUAGCAAGAUUAGUUGCGUUAGUAAACGAUGGGCGUAGUAAACGUUACGCCGCUCGUGCAGUGGGAGUUCAUGAAGCAACUGCUCGUAGAGCAAUCCGCAAAGAUGAUCGAGGAGAUGAUCGCUUCUUGAGAUUGCGGAUUUUACGGAAUCGACCAAAUACUGCGGUAAAUGUUCAGCAAGAUCUUCACAAAUUCGUGAUGUUGCAGCAGUCGAUGAAUGUCCAAAUUCACAUUGACAUUUUAGAGCAGUAUGUUCGACCUUAUGCAGAGUUAGUGGGCAAUAAUUUUAUAUUGAUGCAGGAUAAUGCCCGACCACACACCGCAGCAAUAGUGCGAAACUUCUUAGACGCUACUGGUAUUACCACAUUACAAUGGCCUGCGAGAAGCCCCGGCACCGCCGAUCAGCUCUCAUUUCAGAGUUUUUCGCCUGUGUUUUGUAGGCUAGUGAUGUACCCACUACCAUAUGCUGCAGUAGCAGGCCUGCUGCUAUUCUCGUUAACCCCGUUAGAGACCGAGCCUGAACUCCCAGAGCCCAGUCAGAUAGUGAGACAUCCUGGUCCAGCUUGGAUGGUAGGAAGAGCUUGCCCUGGUGGCAGCCUGUGGACCCGUACCCUCUUCGCAAUAUCAGAUGGAAUGAGUUACGGAUGGACUGCUCCCAUCAUUCCUUACCUCAUCAGCAACAGCAGUCAUCUGGCCACGACGAAAUACGAAGCGGAAUGGCUGGAAACAGACCUGAUGCUGGGCUCCUUUUGUGGUCUCCCUACAACUAUCUACUUAGUUGACAAAAUCGGAAGAAAACGAUCCUUACUUCUAGCCACGUGCUGCUCUCUGUUCGGCUGGAUAGUCAUAGCAGUAGCGAACAAGAUGGUUUACAUCCAUGUGGUACGGUUCUUAUUCGGAAUGUCAGCGAACAUGUCUUUUGUAGCAGCGCCUAUGUAUAUAGCUGAGAUAGCAGACAGCAAGAUAAGAGGUCUUCUCUCGAGCAUCGUUUAUCUCAUGAUGCUAGUGGGAUUCGUGAUCGUCUACAGUGUAGGACCAUUUUUGCCGUUUUAUGUAACUUCAGUCGUCGGUUGCAUAGUGUUGAUCACCGAGCUAUCGAUAUUUUCAUUCAUGCCAGAAUCACCUUAUUACCUUCUCUUCAAGAACAAACCAGAGCUUGCUAGGAGAUCACUGGAAUAUUUUCGCCCAAACUGUAAUGUCACCAUCGAACUGGAGGAUAUCACUGAAGCGAUAGAGAGACAGAAGACUGAGAGAGGAAGAAUUAUGGAUAUUAUUCUGGUGAAGAGUAAUCGUAAAGCCAUCAUAAUCAUGACCAUUUUGAACGGUGGUCAGCAUUUGGUAGCAAUAAGUGUCAUCCUCAUGAAUCUACAUAUGAUCCUGGAAUCUGCUGGAUCAAUUUACAUGGACUCAUCGCAUGCUGCCAUUUUAUUCUCCGUGAUAAUGGUGAUCUCUGCUCAGAUAGCUGCCUUACAAGUUGAUAAAUAUGGUCGAAAAGCUUUACUUUUAAUAUCGACAGUUCUAACAGGUUUCUGUCUAUUAGCAAUAGCUAUUUACUUCCAUCUGAAGAUAGCUGGAUAUGAUGUCAGAGGUGUGAGCUGGAUUCCAAUAGUAGCAGUGAUGGUCUAUGCUGCAACAUUCAAACUUGGACUGGGUAUUGUACCAAUCGUCAUAACUGCUGAGAUAUUUCCUGCCAAAAUGAAGGCUAUAGGGAUGACUGUAUCUGAUGCAAUUCUCAUCGAAGCUAUUAGGCAUUUAAAAUGUUACUUGGGAGAGAAAGGAAUCUCAGUACCUCUUGACAAAUAUGCUUCAGUGUUCCAGGCCGAAGUGUUUUCAAUUCUGACGUGUGUCCAAGAAAAUUCCGGCAGAAGCGGACGUCUACCAGUCACCAUAUGCUCGGACAGCAAAGCUGCUAUUAUGGCAUCGCGAUCCAAUAGGAUCACAACUAAAUUGGUGUCCGAGUGUAGAAGUGCCUUAGAAAAUAUGGCAAAAACUAGAAAAGUCAUCCUCAUGUGGGUUCCAGGACACUCUGGUAUCCCGGGGAACGAGGAGGCAAGAUCUUACGACUAUGUCCUUCAUGGAGGAAAUGCUACAGAGGCAGGAAUGAGACAAGCAAAGCUCCAUAUAAAGGAACCUUCAAGAAGGCUCACGAGAGAGAUCCUGUCACUUAAUGAAAGGGAUCUCAAGAUGGUAGUUGGGCUCUUAACUGGGCACAACCACCUCAACAGGCACCUAGAACUCAUAGGGAUCAAAGAUGAUCCCAUCUGCAGAUGGUACUUGGAGGAUGAUGAAACAUGA